AAGUUUACAAACAAACAAAUCAGAUUUAUGUGACACACUGUCACUGAUAUACAAUUGACGUAAAUUCUCAUUCGAUAGCUCGAUCUAUCUAGAUCUAGGAAACUAGGAUCUUCUAGACAUUUGAGAUCUGAAAUUUAGAAGAUAGUCUGAUCUAACUCUUGAUCUAGAAUGGAUAAUCAAGAUCUUCAAUAUCAUCCCGCAGGUGAUAUAAUUGUAUUGGAUAGAGGCGAAGGAACAACUGCUGUCAUCCAUCUUCAUGGUGCUACAGUACUUUCAUGGAAGUGUCAUGGGGUUGAGAAUUUGUACAUGAGCCAGUCUGCAGUGUUUGAUAAUAAAAAAGCAAUCAGAGGAGGCAUUCCUGUUGUUUUUCCUAAUUUUGGACCAUGGCCUUUGGGUCCUCAACAUGGAUUUGCUAGAAUAAAAAGAUGGAGUAUUGCUGUACCACCUCGAAAGGAUGCCAAUGGUGAUGUUAUUGUUCUUUUUAUGCUUGAAGCUGAUGAGGAAACUUUGGCUAUGUGGAAUUACAAGUUUAGGUUAGUUUACACUGUAGUAUUAACUGCUACUUCAUUGAUGUCAACUUUGGUUGUUCACAAUAAAGACGUGAAAAGCUUAGGAUUUACUUGUCUGCUUCAUACAUACUUGAGGGUCGCAGACAUAAAACAUUUACGCAUUGAAGGACUUCAGGGACUAAUUUAUGUUGAUAAGCUGAAGAAUGGAAAAGAAAAAAAGGAAUCAAGAGAGUUUGUUACUGUGUGCAAAAAUUAUGACCGAGUUUACAAAGAUGCUCCUAAACGACUAAACAUUGUGAGUGGCCCAGAACCUGUGAGAAACAUUGAACUUGUCACUUUUAACUUUCCAGAUAUAGUUGUUUGGAAUCCAUGGGAAGAGAAAGCCAAAGAGAUGUCAGACUUUGAUGAUGAUGGUUACACAGAGAUGAUAUGUGUGGAGCCAGGGAAAGUUCUUGUUCCUAUCACACUUGAAGCUGGACAGCAGUAUGAGUGUAAGCAAACCUUGAUUUGCAAGUUUUGAAUCAUUUUGUGAAAGGAAAUUGUUGCACCUUUUGCAGUGUUGAAUGAUUCAGUUAUUUAUUUAUUUAUAAGGAUUUACUGUAUUAAAUUAUAUACACUUUGAAUGUAGUAAUUUAUUAAAGUGUAAUCAUUGCACUGUUAUUACAAAAUGGAUUAGUUUAUUUAUGACCAAUUUUCUUAGAUAAUAAAAAAAAAUGUUAAAGUCUUUUAAUUAGGAACAACAAUUAUUCUCAAUGUUUUUUUUUUUUUAAAUAUUCUUACACAAUCACUUCUAUCAAUUAUUUUCUGAUUGUUUUUUGAAUUUAUAUGACCAACUCCAUGGACUUUGCUUCACCACUGUCCUAACUUAUCAUCUAUCUUUAUGGCUUUUAUCAAUAGUAAGAUUAUUAUAGCUCUUAUUCCUUUUCCUGUGCAAUAAAAAAGUUCAUGCCCUCAGCAUUCAAAUAAGGAAGAUGCAAAUAAUUUUUUUAAUAUGCAAAAAUUAUAUGUAAUGUCUGUUUAAAUUGUACACAUUGAGAAAUUUAUCAGAAAUAACUUACAACUUAUAAAUAUUUAAAGACUGUUUUUGUUUAUUAGAUAUUCAUCAUAUGUUUAUUAAGCAUUAAGGAAAAAAUAUGUUGUUUCAGUAUCAAUAGUUGUCGCACUUGUAUAACCAAGGUUAUGUAAUUCAUGCUGCUUUACUUUUCUAUUGGUCUUAAUCUAAUAUACCAUUCCAAUAACUUAACAAAUGUUCAUACUUUUUCAUUCAAAAUUCAUUUCAAUGUGAUAUUCUGAUACUUAAAUCCACUUUUGGGAAAUCUUGUUUUUUAAGUUUUUCUUUUAUGUAUCCUUCAUUUUGUUCACUGUGGUUUUUAUUUACUCUUUUUAUAUUGACAAAAAAAUUUAAACAUAUACAUAUUCAUUAUUACAAAUAGAGGUUCUUCAUAAUUCAUAUAUAUGCAAUCAAUAGUUGUUGUUGUUGUUGUUUUUUUUUGCAUAGAGUUUUACUUUAUAAUUUAUAAUAAAAUAAUUUUUUGAAAAACUCCAACACAAUUCCCCAUUAAAUUUUUCAACAUUUUAUUUUCUAUGAAAAAAAAUUAAUGAAUUAGAUUUUUUGUUGUUCUUAAGUUACAACAUUUGCACUUUCUGUAUUUAUUGCUUCAGAAUUAUUCAGUGCCUUCUCUGUAACUAUUUAAUAAUAAAAUUGUAUACAAACUAUAUUAAACUCAUCAGUAAUAUAUCAUUAUUUCAAUAAUCUUUUGAAAUAUUUUUCAAACAUGUUAUUUCACUGGGUAAAUUUAGUAAAAUGUGAAUCAAUUUCACUUCAUUGUUUUCAAACACAAAACAAUUUUUAUUAACAAUUAUGCUAUCUGAAUUAUUUUUAUUUUUUACAUAUUGUCAAAAAAAAUUGUAUACACCAAAGCUUUAAUAAUUAUUAUUUUUAAAUGUUUUUGUCAUAGGUGCAAUAGAGUAUGUAAUUAUCUUGGGACUUUUUUAUCUAUAGGAAUGUUAGUACUUUAUAAGAUAAGACAAUAUAUUUUAUUUUUUAAUUGAUGAUAAAUUUUGAUAAGAAAUGUUAAACAUUUUUUUUAGGUUUCUUUUAGCAAAAAAUUGUAGUUUUUAUCUAGUCAGUCUAGCAUUUAUUUUUUAAUAAUCAAAUGUAGAGUGUAUUUGUUUUAUGUAUAAAGUGUCAAAAAAGCAUAUAAAGCACAUUAUUAUUAUAAUUAUAAUUAUUAUUAUUACGUUAUUUAUGAAGUGUCCAAAAAAAAAAAAGCUUUAUUCAUCUUCUUAGGAUUUCAGACUCUUUUCUCUAAAACCAUUCGUUUGGUUUAUUGAAGAAAUAGACAAUACAUUUUAAUACAUCUUACAGUUCCUUUUAGCAUCAAGUUUUAUUGAUCAAAGACAGUCACAACUCUUUGACAUGUGGUUUUAGAUGUUGCUUGCUGUGCCCAAUAUUUAUUUGCAUUGAGCCUGAAGAUGAUUCACUUGUAAGAGAGUGUGAAAUUCACAUUGGUACUGUUAUUAUAAGACCAAUUUUUGUUGUUAGUUUUUUUCUUUUUUUUUUUGGCCAAUUUUUUUAACAAACAUUAAAAUGCAGUAUAAAUAACAAAGAUAUCGAAGAACCUAAUUAAUUACAUAAGAUUUAUGUGAUACCUCAUUAGUUUUAUGUUUAAUGUGAUAUGGCCAAAGAGUCUUAGUUUGCGUUUUUUUACAGUAGCUAGCAGGUCAUUGUGGGGUCCACUUGCUGUAAUAAUCCUGUUUCUAAUCUCUUCAUUUCUGAUACGGUCUUUGUGUGUGAUACCUGGGAUCUUUCUCUAGCAUCUCAAUUCCAUUGCUAGGAUCCUCCUCUAUAGUUCUUCAUUCAGUGUCCAAGAUUUGCAAGCAUAUAAGAAUGUGGCCUUGAAUCAGUCUGAUUUUAAUUUUGAGGUCUAUUCCCUCUUUUUUUUUUCACAUUGUUUUGAGUUUUGCAAGUGCUGCUUUGGAUUGUGCAAUUCUUGCCAGUAGUUCAGAUUUAGUUCCUUCAUCUGAGACUAUAACUCCCGAUGUAUUUAAAACUACUGACACUUAUCAGCUUUUCAUCUCCAAUGCUGAUGAAGCCUGUUGGCUAUUGAUCGUAUGUGUUUUUUCAGCAUUGAUUUGUAUGUUGUAGAAGACUUUUCUAUGCACAUCACCAAGUCAGCUAAUUCUUCUUCUGUCCCUGUCAAACCAUCUUUGUCGUCCACAAAACGCAAGUUAGUAAUUCUUCUUCCUCCAAUACUUAUCAGUACAUUUGUAGCCCUUUAGAACAUCCUCCAUCUUUCAAGGAAGAUAUUGAAAAGAGUUGGUGAAUGUAGGCAGCCUUGUCUCACUUCAACUGUGGUUUUUAACUAGUCCCCAAUGUUGUUGUUUUUGACUAGUGGCCUGCUUCUUGAUGUUCUGGAUUACUUUUAUUAUGUUUUGAUUUACAUUGUACUUUUCUAUUGUCGCCCAGGGUGCCCCAUGCCAUACUCUGUGGAAAGCUUUCCUGUCCAUAUAUACUGUACACAAUUGAUGUACACAUCUCAUUUUAAUUUUUUGUUUAAAUUGAAGAAAAAGAAACCUACUUUUUUAAUGCAUCAGAUUUUGUUACUAAUGGAAAAAACUGCUUCUAUUCAAUCAUAUUCACGUAAUUUUUCAUCUGCUUUUUUUAUGUUUUAAUUCAAUAGUACAAUAUUUCUUCGGCUUGUUCUUGUUAUUUCUACUUUGUGAUCAUUGAAACUUUUUCAUGGUGGGGUAUUGUCUUCAAUGUUAAAUAUUCUACAGUUCUAUAUAGUGCAUGCCAAAUGUAUUAGUUUAUCUUUAUAAAUGUUAUGAACAAUAGAGAGGAAUGUGCUAUAGAGAGGAAAAUAAAGUUUCAUAACUUACUCACA